CGCACUCUGGCGCCCAUUGUUGUCAUGGAAACAGCAGCUCCGGCCAGUUGAAGCGCCUAUCCCGCUGGCGCAGAGGACCAGGCAGCGCAGCGACAAGAGGCGAUAAAAACGGGCAGGAUGUUUGUCUACUUGAGCAAGAAGAUUACAAUUCCUGGUAAUGUUAGACUUAGAUCUAUUUGUUGGAGCAAAGACCAAGGUUAUAUAGCCUGUGGCGGUGAAGAUGGUCUACUGAAAGUUUUAAAGUUAGAAACAAAAACAGAUGAAGCCAAAUUAAAAGGACUUGCUGCACCUAGCAAUCUCUCAAUGAAUCAGACACUUGAGGGCCACACGGGUGCUGUGCAAGUAGUGACAUGGAAUGAACAGUAUCAAAAGCUAACUAGUAGUGACGAGCACGGACUUAUUAUAGUGUGGAUGCUGUAUAAAGGUGCUUGGUAUGAGGAGAUGAUCAACAAUAGAAAUAAAUCUGUGGUUAGAAGCAUGAGAUGGAAUGCUGAUGGGCAGAAAAUUUGCAUCAUAUAUGAAGAUGGUGCUGUAAUUGUUGGUUCUGUGGAUGGAAAUCGUAUUUGGGGAAAGGAUUUAAAAGUACAACUUCACCAUGUUGCAUGGUCUCCAGAUGGUAGAACUCUACUCUUUGGAAUGGCCAAUGGAGAAAUACAUAUUUAUGACAAAAAUGGGACUUUUAUGAUGAAAAUGAAAAUGAACUGUUUGGUGAAUGUAACUGGAGCAUUCAGCAUUGCAGGAAUCCAUUGGUACCCAGGAACUGAGGGCUAUGUAGAACCAGAUUGUCCUUGCCUUGCCAUUUGUUUUGACAAUGGAAGAUGCCAAAUAAUGAGACAUGAGAACGAUCAAAAUCCUGUCUUAAUUGAUGCGUCUCUGAGUGUUGUGAGCAUCCAGUGGAAUCAUUGUGGCAACGUGCUGGCUAUUGCAGGCGUCCAGAAGAUACCUGUGCAAGAUAAAGAUAUAAACGUUGUGCAGUUCUAUUCUCCAUUUGGUGAGCAUUUGCGUACGUUAAAGAUUCCAGGGAAACAAGUAUCGGCUUUAUCUUGGGAAGGAGGCGGUUUAAAAAUAGCAUUAGCUGUUGAUCAGUGUAUUUAUUUUGCAAAUAUUCGACCAGACUACAAGUGGGGUUAUUGCACGAACACAGUAGUGUAUGCAUAUACCCGACCUGACCGUCCAGAGUAUUGUGUUGUCUUUUGGGAUAUAAAAAACAAUGAAAAGUAUUUGAAAUUUGUCAAGAGUUUAAUCUCGAUAACAACCUGUGGAGACUUCUGCAUUCUGGCCACUAAAGCUGAUGAAAAUCAACUACAGUAUGUACUUGUGCUUUGUAAUUCCAUUGGCACACCCUUGGAUCCAAAAUAUAUAGAUAUUGCCCCACUGUUCGUUACAAUGACCAAAACCCAAGUCAUAGCAGCUUCAAAAGAAGCAUUUUAUAUCUGGCAAUACCGUGUAGACAAGAAACUCACAGCAAUGGAAAUUAAUCAGGUAGCACGGACCAGAAAAGAAGGCAAGGAAAGGAUCUACCAUGUGGAUGAUAGUCCUUCUGGAGCAGGUGAUGGAGCUCUUGACUAUGCUAAGGUCCUACAAGGAACAAGGGAUCCUAUUUGUGCAAUAACUGCAUCGGAUAAGACACUGAUUAUUGGAAGAGAAUCUGGCACCAUUCAGAGUUACAGGCUCCCCAAUGUUGGUUUAAUUCGAAAAUAUAUCCUAAACUGUCGGCCCUACCAAAUGUCUUUGAAUUGCAAGUCUAGUCGUCUAGCGAUCAUAGAUAUGUUAGGAUUGCUGACUUUUUUUGACUUGGAUACAAGAGUAACUGAUGGUUCAGGAAGCCAAGGAGUCGGUGAACAACUCAAAUUGGAACGUAGAGAUGUCUGGGAUAUGAAAUGGGCCAAAGACAAUCCAGAUUUGUUUGCCAUGAUGGAGAAAACAAGGAUGUAUGUGUUUAGAAACCUGGAUCCUGAGGAGCCCAUUCAAACUUCUGGAUAUAUUUGCAACUUUGAAGAUUUAGAAAUCAAAUCUGUCUUAUUGGAUGAAAUAUUAAAGAAUCCUGAACACCCUAAUAAGGACUGCAUAAUACAUUUUGAUAUUAGAUCACUACGAGAUGCUCAGGCAAUUGUUAAAGAGGCAGGGAUUGCAGAAUCUUCUCAGUUCAUUGAAGAAAAUUCACAUCCAAGGCUUUGGCGUCUACUGGCUGAAACAGCUCUCCAGAAACUUGAUCUUCACACUGCUGAGCAAGCUUUUGUACGUUAUAAAAAUUACCAGGGUAUUAAGUUUGUAAAACGCCUUCACAAUCUCCAGAGUGAAGCACUUAGGCAAGCUGAAGUGGCAGUUUAUUUUGGAAAAUUUGAAGAAGCUGAAAGAAUGUAUUUGGACAUGGAUAGAAGAGAUCUUGCAGUUGACCUACGAAUGAAACUAGGCAAUGGGUUUCGAGUAGUGCAGCUGUUGCAAACAGGCUCAGGCCAUGGAGACGACAGCCUCCUUGAACAGGCACACAAUGAAAUUGGGGAGUACUUCGCUGAUAGACAGAAAUGGGCGAAUGCGGUUCCCUACUUUGUACAAGGCAGAAACCAUGAGCGUUUAGCUGAAUGUUAUUAUAUGCUGGAAGACUAUCAAGCAUUAGAAAAUUUGGCUAACUCCCUUCCAGAAAAUAACAAGUUGCUUCCAGAUAUAAGCCAUAAAUUUGUUACUGUGGGAAUGUGUGAACAAGCUGUAGCUGCCUUUCUGAAAUGUAACAGACCAAAGGAUGCAGUAGAUGUCUGUGUAAAUCUCAACCAGUGGAGUAAAGCUGUUGAACUAGCUAAGGAACACAACAUGAAAGAGAUUGGUUCUCUUCUUGCUAGAUAUGCGUCUCAGUUAUUGGAAAAGAAUAAACCUCUUGAUGCCGUUGAACUAUAUCGUAAAGCCAAUUAUUUCUUUGACGCUGCAAAACUUAUGUUCAAGAUUGCAGAUGAAGAAGCUAAAAAAAGAACCAAACCUUUACGGGUUAAAAAGCUAUAUGUCAUGUCGGCUUUACUUGUUGAACAAUACCAUGAACAAAUAAAAAAUUCGCAGAGAGAAAAAGUCAAAGGAAAGACUUCAGAGGCUACUUCAGCCCUAGCUGGCUUGCUAGAAGAAGAUGUUCUCUCCACAGACAGUCGCCUGAUCGAUAAUGCUUGGCGAGGAGCUGAGGCUUACCAUUUUUUCAUACUUGCCCAAAGGCAGCUGUAUGAAGGUUAUGUGGAUACAGCAAUGAAAACAGCUCUUCACUUGAGGGAUUACGAAGACAUUAUUCCUGCAGUAGAAAUCUAUUCCCUAUUGGCUCUGUGUGCGUGCGCUAACAGAGCAUUCGGUACCUGUUCAAAAGCCUUUGUUAAACUGGAAUCUUUAGAAAAUCUUAAUCCUGACCAGAAGCAGCAAUAUGAAGAGCUUGCCCUGCAAAUAUUCACAAAACACUAUCCUAAAGAUAGCAAAAAGUCAGACUUGGAUGGUCUUCUUGAAGAGGGAGAAGGAAAGCUUCCAACCUGUGUUGCUACAGGAAGGCCCAUUACAGAAUAUCAGUUUUGGAUGUGCAAUAAAUGCAAGCACUGUGUCCAAGCUCAAGAAAUCAGCAACUAUAAUUUCUGCCCAUUCUGUCACAGUUCAGUGGCCUAUUAAAUUAUGCAGGUGAAAGCAACCAUUGUGUCCAUUAAUGUAAGUAUUUGCUCAUGUUGGAACUGGAAUGGGGAGAAUUCCCCUCAGAAUAGCUUUUGUUACAUCCUCAAAAGUUGUCCCAGGCGACCUACACUUUGGGAAGCAAGGGACAACUACAGGGAGGAAAGGAAGAAGGAAAAAGAAAUGGAUCCUGAUGUGUCUUUAUGCAUUAAUUAGAAAUAUACAUGGUCUGAAGUACUGAAGGGAGUUACAAAAAAGAAUAAUCACCCAUACAAGAGCAAUUAAAUCCAUCCACUCUUAUUAAAAAAAAAACUAAUUUGAAUCCAGCUUUAAAAGAGCCAACCAGGGAAGGUUGUGGGUUUUUUUUAAGUGAAAAUAAAGAUUUGAUAUAAACAAAUAUUUGCUUUCUGAAUUUAUUUUUUGCAGGGCUUUGCCUUUGCAGUGUUUCUUUGCAUGAGUCAUAUUCUAUAAGUGGAGCAUUUUUUGAAAGAUUGCGGGAAAGGUAGAGACGGAUUUUAGUGGGAAAGGACUGCCAUUAAUAGUUUUGACCAAACAGCAAAAGUCAUGAUUACUUUUUAUACUGAAGUGCAGAAUAAUAUAUCUAUAAAAUAAAUAUAGAUAUGCCACUUCUUCAGCUCUUCACUGAAAGGAUAUCAGUUUAGUCUACAUUUUUUAAAUAUGGGUAUGUGACCCAAAUAAAAUGCAUGGGUUGGUUAUUGCCAACACUUGGAAGUGCUCUCAAAAUAUUACAAUCUCUCUGAUCAGCUGUUUAGGCAUUGAUGGCAGAAGUCCAAGCCUUCUGAAAUAGCUUACAUUUUACAUACAGGGUUCUCGGUCAAAUUCAAGGCAUGGGCUCUUGUGGGAAAAGGCUGGGAGAGAUCUGUAACAAGAGGAAAUGCUUGAUUCAGAAUAUUUAAUGCCUAUUAACUCUUUUGCUCUCUUUUUCCUGCUCUGACCUUCCUUCAGCACUUUGCUUUUUUCAUAACAUUAUCUCUAAAAGCAGCAAAGAAUUUUGCAAUAUUAACUACUGGAGUAAAACAGCAUAGCUAACAGAAGUUUUGUAUUAAAACUGACUUAAAUUCUUGAUUAUUUGAAUGUUUAAUAGAAACACAUUUCUUAUAUGGAAAAGAUGAUACAUUUGUACAUAACUACUUGUUUCAGAAUUUUAUGUUCGUUGCAUUAUAUGAGAAAAGAAUUGUUUCUUUUUUACGCAAUAUUUAGAUAACCUACCUUUCUUUUCUGUAAUGAUAUUGAAAUACACUGUUCAAAGAAAUCAAUAUAUUUUUCCAUGAAGGAGGAACAACUGUAAAUGUAGAAAACUAAAUAAUAAAAUACAUAAAUAAAAAUAAAAAGUGAUAUGGACAAAUACAUGGUUUAUUACAUAAAAUAUCGUUACCUAUCCUGGAAAUAAUUGAUUUAAAAAUU